AGAGGAAAUAUAAUAUUCUACUCUCCCCAGAGAGCCCAACUCAGAACCCAUACAACAGAACCCUGUCUCCCCAGAGGAAAUAUAAUAUUCUACUCUCCCCAGAGAGCCCAACUCAGAACCCAUACAACAGAACCCUGUCUCCCCAGAGGAAAUAUAAUAUUCUACUCUCCCCAGAGAGCCCAACUCAGAACCCAUACAACAGAACCCUGUCUCCCCAGAGGAAAUAUAAUAUUCUACUCUCCCCAGAGAGCCCAACUCAGAACCCAUACAACAGAACCCUGUCUCCCCAGAGGAAAUAUAAUAUUCUACUCUCCCCAGAGAGCCCAACUCAGAACCCAUACAACAGAACCCUGUCUCCCCAGAGGAAAUAUAAUAUUCUACUCUCCCCAGAGAGCCCAACUCAGAACCCAAACAACAUAACCCUGUCCCCCCAGAGGAAAUAUAACAUUCUACUCUCCCCAGAGAGCCCUACUCAGAACCCAUACAACAGAACCCUGUCUCCCCAGAGGAGAGAUGAACUGGCUAAGAUCCGCCAGAGACAGUUGGACAAUGCUGUCCACUACAUCUGGGAGACAGGAGAGGACAAGUACACCUUCAGAUACUUCCACACGGGCUUCUGGGAGAGUUGUGAGAAACACGUUGAUGGUGAGAAGUGUCGCAGCUUUAUUGAGCUGACUCCUGGAGAAACACAAGGUGUGUUAUGGCUAUCGGUGAUAUCUGAGUUCACUUACAUCGGUCUAUUGGGAAUGGGCUUUCUGUUGAUGUGGUUGGAGUUGUUGUGUUCCCAUAAGGAGAUACACGCUCUCAAAAUCAACGCCUAUGCUGCCAUCUGCACCGUACUGUCAGGUCUGAUGGGGAUGGUGGCCCACAUGAUGUACACCACAGUGUUCCAGAUGACUGUCAUCGUUGGCCCUAAAGACUGGAGGCCUCAGACCUGGGACUACGGCUGGUCAUUCGCCCUGGCGUGGAUCUCCUUCAGCUGUUGUAUGGGAGCUGCAGUCUUCACCCUCAACUCUUACACCAAGACCAUCAUCGAGCUGCGCCACAAACAGAGGCUCCGAUUGGAGGAGACCCGCGCCGCCAGCCACGCCCCUCCAUAUGAUGAGGUGGUCCCCGGGGGCGGGCUCUACUCUGUCAGCGGCCUAUUGCAGUGCCCAGACGGGAUGAUUGACGUGGCGUGGGCGCCUGACGGGACUGUGAUGGGGGUGGGGAACGGGGAUGUACCAACUCUUGUGUUGCUAGGAGGAUGUGGGCCAGAGGGCUGUGAGGACUGUGAAAGAGAGAUGGAUGAGAUGGAGGAGGCCAUGGAGAGGGAAAGAGCUGAUUCGCCCUGUUAAUAAGUGAUGGGUGGGGCUAAAGAGAACAGAGGAGGACUAUGGGUAAUGUAGUCACAUUACAGGUACAGUAUAUGCACCUUGAGCUCUCAAGAUGGAAAGACUGCGACAGAGAAAGACUGGGACAGAGAAAGACUGAGACAAGAAAGACUGAGACAGAGAAAGAGUGAGACAGAACUUGAUGGACAUGGGACACAUGAACUGUGUUGGCUGUAAGAGCUACAGUAUCCCCUCUUUGACAUUGAACAGAGAUCACCUUGACAUACAUGGUUCGGGCUAACACUCCUCACAUUGUCAUUCAUUAAUACAAUAGUGCCUAAUGGUAAGGGAUUGUUAUACAGUUUUGUUAUACAGUAUACAGUAUGUAUGUAAAUGUAUCCAUGUUAGAAAUAGUUUUACCAUAAGAAUCCAAUACUUUCUGAACUUUGUAAAACAUGCUUUUCACUUCGUCUGAAUGGGUCCCGUUCUGAAUCUGUAAAAUAAACAAUCA